UAUGGAGGCUGAGGUGUACAAAAUUUAUCACGAGUUUUCGUUACAUGCUGAAUUGAGAUAACAUAAACAUUCCUGUGCCUCUAAAAAACAUAUUGUUUAGAAAUUCUUAUAAAUGAAAGAAAUGAGUUCGUCUUCCUCUCCUGUUGGUGCUUCAUGGCAAGAAAGAGCGAUAAUAUCGAUCUAAAAGUUCAUCCACGUCACCAACUGUUUAAAUAUCACAGUACACACGGUGGUUUCUUCUAUGGCCAAAAAGCUGUUUGGUUUCCAGCAGUUGGCGCGAGCUCUCAAAACUCUUAGCUACAUUAUUCUGAUGUAUAUAUCCUCCAUCAGCUUAACAUUUUAUAACAAAUGGCUACUGAAGCGGUUUCACUUUCCUUUAUCUGUCUCAGUGGUACACUAUGCAAUGGUAUUUGUCAUUGCAGCAAUUUUGAGAUUCCUUUGGGAAUUUAAGACAGGGAAGAAAAGAGUUAUUUUACCUUGGUCUGUGUACAUAAAAAGAGUUCUACCUACAGCAAUAGCUUGUGCUUUGGAUAUUGGGUUUUCUAACUGGAGCUUGAUGUUCAUCACAGUGUCAUUAUAUACCAUGACUAAAUCUACAAGCGUUGUCUUCAUUCUCAUGUUUGCUCUUGUUCUCAGACUAGAGCAUUGGAACUUCUCAUUAGUGGCUGUGAUCCUGUUAAUUGCUAGUGGCUUGUUUUUAUUCACUUAUGAGGCUACUGAAUUCAAUACUGAGGGAUUUCUCUUGGUGUUAACUGCAUCAGGACUGAGCGGCUUACGGUGGACGCUUGCACAGAUUUUAACACAGAAAGAAGAUUUAGGUCUUCACAACCCCCUUGAUACGCUUUAUCAUCUACAACCUUUUAUGACAUUAACCAUGAUUCCCCUGGCAUUUUACAUAGAGGGACAAAACUUAGCCAUGUCACCAAAGCUCUUCAGGGCUUCAGACAGUUAUACCUUAUGGGUGACCAUUGCCAUGGUGAUGUUUGGGUGUUUCUUAGCCUUCAUGAUCAGCGUUUCUGAGUUUCUUCUUCUCUCUCAUACAUCAAGCUUAACGCUGUCCAUAUCAGGAAUAUUUAAGGAAAUCUGUACAUUGUCUCUAGCCACUGAGUUUGCAGGGGAUAGAAUGACUACUGUCAACUUUUUUGGACUUGUCUUGUGUCUAAUUGGAAUUAGUGUCCAUGUUGUGGCAAAGGCAACAAGAGAUACAGAGAGUUUAAAGUUAGGGAAACACAAGAUAGAGGAACUCAAGUUGAAUGGUGAUAUUGAACUAAAAGGCCUGCUACUCACAGAUCAAGAUAAACAUGGAAGUGAUGAUGAUAAUGAAGAGUAUGAACUGAAUAUUCAUGAACAGAGAUAGAAGAGGCUAGGACCUCGGACAGGAAAUCAAGUUAUUUAUCUGUAAAAUUUCUAUUAAGACUUUCCUUAUGACAAUUAUUAUAGUUAUUAUAGGGAUAUUUUGAAAAUUAAAUUUAAGCUAACAAAUUAUUUCUUGAAUUGUAGAAAUGCUUGAUAUUACAUUUGUAUUAAAUGAAAAUUGUGAGGAUUUUGUUACAUAUGUAUUAUUUUAUUCAAGGAUGGGUAUUUUCCAGAGAUUUUGGGCUGGGUUGGUCAUAGAAAAAAAUUAUAUGAUAACUAAAAACAACACUCGAGAGUUUUCCUCCAAAAAAAAAAAAUUAUAAUAAUAAUAGAAAGAAAAUACUUUGACAACUGUACCAUUCAAACCAACUUUAAUAUUAUAUCCAACUGUUCUUUACAGUGCAUUAUGUAUUACUAUUUUCACAAAAUAUACCUCAGUAAAUACCUCCAGUUAAUAUUUUAGAACCAUUAAAUAUGAAGGAAUACCAGUCAAAACUUGAUUUUCCUUCAUUUUCUUCUUCAGAGAUUCAGAAGAUUGCACAGUGAAAAUUUUGAAAAUGAGUUCUUAAAUGUCACACUUGUACUCUAGAUCUGUGACUGAUAAUUAUAAUAUUAUAGUCAGAGCAAUUUUAAAGUGAGAGUUGAAAGUAAUCCCCAAUUCUUUGGUUUUACUUAACUUACUCUGUAUUUGGUCUAGAAAAUUUACAUCACCAUUUAAACCAAUCAGAUGCAACAGUAAAAUGUAUAUCUCCUUGGUCAUUAGAGUUUUUUUAUGCUUCCAGUGGUUUGCUUGUUUUUUACUUUCAGCUCUCAUUGGCUAAUGAUAAGGUAAACCUUUGUUCUCACUGGUUGCUGAGAUUACUUUGAAAACUGCUGUGAAAUGUUAAGCCCAACCAAUCAGAACAUGUGAAUAGCAUCUCCACAAUCAUCUCAGCAAUUAUACAGAUAUUAUAAUAAUAAUCAAAGUUCUGUCUAAUUUGAAAAGUGUUCCUUGGAUUUUGGGAACACUUGAAAAAAAAAAACUGAAAAAAACUAAAAAAAUCAAAAUAUUGUAAGUAAUUAAUUUAUUCUUUGGAAAAUUUAUUAUAGAAUUUUUUAAUAAUUAUUCCCAAUGAGGUUGUCAAAAACCAGAUAAAAUAUUACUACUACCUGGAGCAAAUAUGGGACUAUCAAAUAAAGGUUGCAAGUCCACAGUU